CCCUAGGCUCUACCUGCUCUUCUCUCUCCCGGCCUCACCCGACCAAACCAAAGACCAUGGUGCACUGUGCCGGCUGCAAAAGGCCCAUCCUGGACCGCUUCCUCUUGAACGUGCUGGACAGGGCCUGGCAUGUCAAGUGCGUCCAGUGCUGUGAAUGUAAAUGCAACCUGACCGAGAAGUGCUUCUCCCGGGAAGGCAAGCUCUACUGCAAGAACGACUUUUUCCGGUGUUUCGGUACCAAAUGCGCGGGCUGCGCACAGGGCAUCUCCCCUAGCGACCUGGUGCGGAGAGCGCGGAGCAAAGUGUUUCAUCUAAACUGCUUCACCUGCAUGAUGUGUAACAAGCAGCUCUCCACUGGCGAGGAGCUCUAUAUCAUCGACGAGAACAAAUUUGUCUGCAAAGAGGAUUACCUAAGCAACAGCAGCGUCGCCAAAGAGAACAGUCUCCACUCAGCCACCACAGGCAGUGACCCCAGUUUGUCUCCAGACUCCCAAGACCCAUCACAGGAUGAUGCCAAGGACUCGGAGAGCGCCAACGUAUCGGACAAGGAAGGGGGCAGCAACGAGAAUGACGACCAGAACCUGGGCGCCAAGCGGCGGGGGCCGCGCACCACCAUCAAGGCGAAGCAGCUGGAAACUCUGAAGGCAGCCUUCGCUGCUACUCCCAAGCCCACGCGCCAUAUCCGGGAGCAGCUGGCUCAGGAGACUGGCCUCAACAUGCGUGUCAUCCAGGUCUGGUUCCAGAACAGACGCUCCAAGGAACGGAGGAUGAAGCAGUUGAGCGCGCUGGGCGCCAGGCGCCACGCCUUCUUCCGCAGUCCGCGCCGGAUGCGGCCGCUCGUGGACCGCCUGGAGCCGGGCGAGCUCAUCCCCAACGGGCCCUUCUCCUUCUACGGAGAUUACCAGGGCGAGUACUACGGGCCCGGGGGCAACUACGACUUCUUCCCCCAAGGCCCCCCGUCCUCGCAGGCGCAGACGCCAGUGGACCUGCCCUUCGUGCCGUCGUCCGGGCCCUCCGGGACGCCCCUGGGCGGCCUGGAGCACCCGCUGCCCGGCCACCACCCGUCGAGCGAGGCGCAGCGGUUCACCGACAUCCUGGCGCAUCCCCCCGGGGACUCGCCCAGCCCUGAGCCCAGCCUGCCUGGCCCUCUACACUCAAUGUCGGCGGAGGUCUUCGGGCCCAGCCCGCCCUUCUCAACGCUGUCGGUCAACGGCGGGGCGAGCUAUGGGAACCACCUGUCUCACCCCCCCGAAAUGAACGAGGCGGCCGUGUGGUAGCGGGACCUCGCACGGUCCGCGGAGUUGGUGGUUGUACAGAAAUGAACCUUUAUUUAAGAAAAAUAGAAAAAAGAAGAAAAAAAACAUAAAAAAACAACUCACCCCCCCACACACUUCCUUCAGCCUCGGGGACCAUUUUCUGUCUGGGGAGUCCGGAUGGGAAAGGGGGACAAGAAACAGGAUCCAAAUCCGCCUGGAGGUAGAACUGGGAUCCGUGCGCUGGCUGGCAAGGUGCAGAACUGGGGUUCCUGAAGGGAAAUGCAGACCUCUCCCCAUCUUCCACCUGGACCCGGUUGCGGGGACAGACUCCCCGAGCGCGCGCGCCUGGCCAGAGGGCGGCACAGGAACACCCACGGCGGCCACGGGGGCGCACAGCCAGUGGUGACGCCAGGAGCCGCGGCGAGGGAGGCGGAGAGGCACAGCCGGGUGAGGGAGGUGGAGCAGCCCGGGCCACUCCCGGGCCGGCCAAGAGGGUUCUGGCUCCGAGAAUCUCUCACUAGUGUUGUCUCAGUGUUCAGGAACCGCGACAACGAACUCUUAUAGCUUCAGAAACGCCGACCCGCUGUGCAUAAGGUGGGACUAUAUAUAUAUAUAUAUUUUGCCUAUCUGGGUUUUUGGUUUUUGUUUUUGCCAAAAUUGCAAAAUUCUAAAUGUAAAGCCCUCAGUAUCAACUCUUCUACCUUCACAAAGCUCUACACACACACACACACACACACACACACACACA